GAGUAGCUGGCGGCAGCGGCGGCUCUCGGGGCUGGGUUGUCAGUCAGUGAGAGGAGGGGGAAGAUGGCUCGCCUGGACCCGUUCUGCUAGAAAGAAGGGGGGCAGGUGGUGCUGCUACUUAGAGAAAGCAGAGCAGCCGUCGCCGUUGUUGUUGCGAGACUCCAAGUCGAGGUUCUGCAGCUAGAGCUCCAGGAGCUGCUUUGGUUGAAGGUUUAGAACAGAUGUGGAAAGAUGUUUACGUCAGAGAAAGGGGUUGUGGAGGAAUGGUUGUCAGAGUUUAAGACACUACCAGAAACAUCUUUGCCAAAUUAUGCCUCAAAUCUGAAUGAUAAGAGUUCUUUAAUUUCAUCACUCUAUAAAGUUAUCCAGGAACCACAAAGUGAGUUGCUAGAACCUGUCUGCCAUCAGCUCUUUGAAUUCUAUCGCAGUGGAGAGGAGAAGUUGCUUCGCUUUACCCUGCAGUUUCUCCCAGAAUUGAUUUGGUGCUACCUUGCCGUCUCAGCCAGCAGAAAUGUGCACAGCAGUGGAUGCAUUGAAGCUCUCCUCCUAGGGGUUUACAAUUUGGAAAUAGUUGACAAACAGGGACAUAGCAAAGUGCUGAGUUUUACAAUUCCAUCUUUAUCCAAACCAUCUGUAUAUCAUGAACCCUCCAGCAUUGGGUCGAUGGCUCUGACUGAGAGUGCACUAUCCCAGCAUGGUUUGUCAAAAGUUGUAUAUAGUGGACCUCAUCCUCAAAGGGAGAUGCUGACAGCACAGAACAGGUUUGAAGUGUUGACAUUCCUUUUGUUGUGUUACAAUGCUGCCUUAACUUUUAUGCCCAGUGUUUCUCUUCAAUCACUGUGUCAAAUUUGCUCAAGAAUUUGUGUGUGUGGAUAUCCUCGACAACAUGUAAGAAAAUACAAAGGUGUAAGUAGCAGGAUUCCGAUUUCUUCAGGAUUCAUGGUGCAAAUGUUAACAGGAAUUUAUUUUGCCUUAUACAAUGGAGAGUGGGAUCUAGCUCAGAAAGCAUUGGAUGAUAUUAUUUACAGAGCUCAGCUAGAAUUAUAUCCAGAACCACUGCUGGUUGCUAAUGCAAUAAAGGCUUCAUUGCCUCGUGGUGCCCUGAAAUCUAGUAAGGAAGGUACAAGGUGUAUUCAAGUUGAAAUCACACCAACUUCCUCUAGAAUAUCAAGAAAUGCAGUAACCAGUAUGUCAAUAAGAGGUCACAGGUGGAAAAGACAUGGAAAUACAGAAUUAACAGGUCAAGAAGAACUGAUGGAGAUAUCUGAAGUUGACGAGGGAUUUUAUUCCAGGGCUGCGUCUAGUACCAGCCAGUCGGGUUUAUCAAACAGUAGUCACAAUUGUAGUAACAAGACAAGUGUAGGAAAGAACCAGAGACGGUCAGGAGGAAACAAAACUGGAGGAAAAGAAAAAGAGACUACAGGGGAAUGUUGCAAAGAUCACUUUGCUCGAAAACAAACUCAGAGAGCCCAAAGUGAGAAUCUUGAGCUUCUCUCUUUGAAGAGACUAACUUUAACCACCAGCCAGUCCCUACCUAAGCCCAGUAGCCAUGGGUUGGCUAAGACUGCGGCGACUGUGUUUAGUAAAUCCUUUGAGCAAGUCAGUGGUGUCACAGUCCCACAUAACCCACCAUCUGCCAUAGGUUGUGGGACUGGGACAGAUGCCAAUAGGUUUUCUGCUUGUAGUCUUCAAGAAGAAAAGCUUAUUUAUGUUUCAGAAAGGACUGAACUUCCAAUGAAGUAUCAAGCAGGCCAGCAGAGACCUCCUAGCAUUAGCAUUACUCUGUCCACAGAUUAAUUUGCAACCUGUUUUCUCCUAUAGCCAAUGAAUCUAGAAAUAUGACUGCUUCUUUAUGAAAGUGCUCCUGGUCUUUCUUGCCUGCUUCUGACAGGAGCCCUGAUAUCUUAAAUUCUGAAGGCUCCCUUAACUUUAUGAGGGAAUAAUGUCUAGUUUGCAGUCAGUUAAAUAUGGUUGUUGUUAUUUCUUGAUUGUUACCCAUCCCCCUUGGUUUGGUUUUUUUUUUUUUAAGAGGGAGGGGGAUGGUAUUGGGGUUUAACUUCAGGGCUUCAUGCUUGCAAAGCAGGUGCUUUACUGCUUGAGCCUCACCUCCAGCCCUGGUUUGAGUCUUUUUUUCUUUCUUUCUUAUUCAUUACUGUUGCCCUAGUGUGACAAUAAAUUUUGGCAGGUUGUCUGAUUAAGUUGGUUAUAUCUCAUGUGAGAUAGUCAGUUUGUUUUUAAUAGCUCCUAUUUUGGUAGCUGUGUGUUUGCCAUUGGAAGUUAAAACAAGUCUCCACAUCAGGAAACUGUGUCAUAAAGGAUGGGGCAGAGGAGCAAGUGCAGGAAUUCCACAGUUGGCCUUUCUGGAAGCUACCCUGAAAAACAGGCAUGUGAAAAAAAAGACGAGUAUGAAAAGUGCCUGAUAAAAAUGUUUGUAACCAGAUCAUCUUUAAGCUUCAAACGGUUUUUUCAAAGCACUGGAAAAUACCUGAUAAUUCAGUACCUAAAAUAUUGUAUGAUUCCAGGAGAUGGGUAGGUACAUUUCUCUUGGUCUCUUUGGAACAUUUUUAUAUAAAAAUCAGGUUGCUGGUAGAUGAUGUUGUUUUGAAGUGUUUGAUCUGGAUUCAGCAGAUGAAAAUCCCUUUUGAUUCCUAAGGUAUAUUAGGCCAUAAAACUGAUUUGACUUUGGAAAUCCUAGUUAGUUUGGAUUUCUGUAACUCAUACAAUACUGAAGAUUUCCUGAAAAUCACUGUAAAUCUUAUAACACAGCUCUCAAGAUAACAGAAUCAACUCUAUAAUAUUGAAUUGUUUGUCUGUACAUGAAGGAAAUUAGAUAAAUUUUCAUCUAUAAAAUAUCAUGAAAGAAAAUUAAAAUAGUGAAAUAUGGACUAAGGGACAUUGUAUAUUAACUAAUUUAGGGUUGUUUAUGUUUGUGUUCUUAACAUUUAACAUAAUAAAAAAUGAAAUGUAUUUGUUAGUGAACAGGUCUAUUAUAAGAGUUCUUGUAGAAAAAACAAUUCAGUUACCCCCAACCAAAAUUGUAAUAAUAAUAGUAAUAAUAAUAAAGGUGAUAAAGCAGAACCUAAUCAAAUUUGUGUGUAGCUCUGGGAGCUAUGUGACCCCUAGAUGGAAGUAAAGUUUUGUCAUUUCAGUUAAAGUUGAGGUUCCUUGUAAAGCAAAUAUACUUAAUAAUUGGGAAUGGAAGAGAGAAAGCAAGGCUAAGGAUAAGCGUAGUUGCUGGAGAGGAAGCUGUCCACUUCUUGGGCUUUGUGUACUUUUAGUACACAAUGAUUUCCUUAUUCAUAGUCCUUAGUUAUGGUCACAAGGGGAACACAUGAUACUGUUUUCCUCUUAAACCUGCACAUGCACAGCUCAAACAUAUGAAAAAUGUUUAUGUGUUGAAGAAUGCUCUGAAUAAGGUUUUGACCAUAACUGCUUUACUGACCAGUUUAAACCCAGUUCUUCAAAAAGCUUGAACUAGUUUUCAUUCAUUAGACCUAAAUACAGUGUGAUUUUUUUAACAUAAAUGAAUUUGAUAUUUUUAGUUCCAAUAAUAGAAUGGAAUAAGAUCUAUUGGCAUAAGUUGUGAAAAAAAGCUAUAAGGCAAUCAGACUGUGAAAGCUGAUAUUGUAUUAGUUUAAUGGUAAUCCUAUGAACAAUUUUCAGUAUUGUAAAGUGUCACUGUGAAUUCUCAAUUGCCUUUUUGUAAUUCCUUAAUAAAGAAUUUCCCCUAUGUAUAGUUACUAACAGUAUUGAUUUUAUUAGGAACUAAUUUAAAAGAUAGGUAUUUUAAGCAAGUAGAGUAAGUUUGAAGAAAUAUUAGCUAGCACAAAUGAAAGAUCAGAUUUCAAUGUUUUACCACUGUAAUGAAACCCCAUUUUGGUAUUAUUCUAGCCAUUUGGUACUCAUGUGGUCCAAGGACCUUGUAUGACUGGUGUCACCUGGUAUCUUGUUAAAAAUGCAGAAUUUCAGAGCCAACCUAUUGAAUCAUUUUAACAAGAUCCUCAAGUGAUUUUUAUGCACAUUAGUAUUUGAGAAGAGAGUAUCAGAGUGAAAAUGAAUUGCUUGUCUAAUAUGUAAGAUUUUCAGUGGUCUCAUAGCCCUAGAUCAAAUAUAUUAGAUACUAGAUUACUAUAAUCUUCAUCGUUUUUGACAGCUAAUUAACUUUUUAGUAACAGUGAUGCAUGACUUCUUAGGUCUCUAAUUCUAAAUUCCUUGCAGUCCUCAUUUAUUUUUUAAAUAAAAAGUAACAUUUUGUAUUUUUCUUGCUAAUCUUAAAUGAAAUCAGUGGUAGAUACCUGCAAGUUAAGUACGAAAGAUUACCCCUUUCAUACUUAAGUUUUUACACAAUUCACAGCCUAUGUAUAUUCUUUCUUUAAAAAAAAAAAACAAAAAACACCUGAAGGCUUAUUCAGUGGAGUGAUUCUGAAUUUUUGCUUCAAUGACUUGCAUCAAUUGAUUUUUCUGGAGCAUGGAGUUAUGUUAAUAAGAUUCUUUUAUAUUAAC